CGGAUUGUGAAACACCGCGGCGCAGUUCUCGAUCAAGCAGCUGUACAACUUUUUGCCCAGAAUUUCUUCACGAGACAAGUAGACUUUAACGUCACCAGAGUUGAAAAUGCCCAAACGCAACGUAGCGUUUAUCAAGCCAGAGGAGCCGAGCUUUUUGAAGAAAAUGAAGGAACAGAUUGGCUACAAAGAAGGUCCUUCGGUAGACGAUAAGCGUGAAGCAAUAGAAAACUACUCUGAUGACUCAGAUGACGAAGAGAAGGAAGACGAAAGACCACAAGUGGUGGUGAUCAAGGAAGGUGAUCUUACAGAAGCAGAGGCCGACAAAGCCUUUAAAGAGGAAAGUGAGAAGCCGGCGGAUUUGAGCCAAAAAAUUGUGUUCAAAUCGAAGAAGGCGAAGCUGGAUAAGGCGGACGACAAACCAAAAGCAGAGCAAAAGAAGCCUAGAAAAGCCAAGGAUAAACAGCACAGCAAACUUUCCUUCGAUGCGGAAGAUGAAGAAGAUUAAGCGUAUAAGGGCCGUUUCAUUACUAAGCCAGAAGGGUAUACUCAAAAGCCGCUGAUUCCCACACAAAUUGUACAUAUUAUUCCGUCGACGAUUUAUUUUAUGCCCAAAAUAAGGUCAAAAGAGUGAAUACAA